AACCGCGGCGGAUGUUUACGGCGGCCGGGGUCGGAGCAGCGCAGGCCGCGGACGCGGAGGACGAGCCGGGCGGGCGAGCUGCCGUCGCAGCCUGACCCGCGGGCCACGGAGCGCGAGCGCAGGUAUUGACUGCAUCCAGCAUGUAUCCGUGGUCAAGACUUUUGUCCACAGUCUGUCUUGAGCUUGAUCUUGAACAUGGGCGGUGCUGUGAGUGCUGGUGAGGACAAUGACGAACUGAUCGAUAAUUUGAAGGAAGCACAGUAUAUACGGACAGAAUUGGUGGAACAGGCCUUCAGAGCUAUUGAUCGAGCAGAUUACUACCUGGAGGAGUUUAAAGAAAAUGCCUACAAAGACUUGGCGUGGAAGCAUGGAAACAUUCACCUCUCAGCCCCGUGCAUCUACUCAGAAGUGAUGGAGGCCCUGGAUUUGCAGCCAGGGCUUUCGUUUCUGAACUUGGGCAGUGGUACUGGAUACCUCAGCUCCAUGGUUGGCCUCAUUUUAGGUCCUUUUGGUGUGAACCAUGGAGUGGAGCUUCAUUCUGAUGUGAUAGAGUACGCAAAACAGAAACUGGACUUCUUCAUCAGAACAAGUGACAGCUUUGACAAGUAUGAUCAGGCAAUACCCAUUGGGUUUGACUUCUGUGAACCCUCUUUUGUUACUGGCAAUUGCCUGGAGAUUUCUCCAGAUUGUUCUCAGUAUGAUCGAGUGUACUGUGGGGCUGGUGUGCAGAAGGAACAUGAGGAAUACAUGAAAAAUCUUCUUAAAGUUGGAGGAAUCCUUGUCAUGCCUCUGGAAGAGAAGUUGACCAAGAUAACGCGCACAGGCCCUUCUGCUUGGGAAACAAAAAAGAUUUUGGCUGUUUCCUUUGCCCCGCUGGUCCAGCCCUGUCACUCAGAGUCAGGAAAGUCCAGACUUGUCCAGCUUCCACCACUUGCUGUACGCAGCCUCCAGGACUUGGCCCGCAUUGCCAUCCGGGGUACCAUUAAAAAGAUCAUUCAUCAGGAAGCUUUGAGCAAAAGUGGAAAUGGACUGAAGAACACUCCCAGAUUUAAACGAAGGAGGGUCCGCCGCCGUCAAAUGGAAACAAUAGUCUUUUUGGACAAAGAAGUCUUUGCCAGUCGUAUUUCCAACCCCUCGGACGACAACAGCUGUGAAGACUUGGAAGAGGAACGGAGGGAAGAAGAUAAAACUUCACUAGAAGCCAAGCCAGAUCCUCCCGUGAACUUCCUGCGUCAGAAGGUCCUGAGCCUCCCUCUGCCAGACCCCCUGAAAUACUACUUGCUUUAUUACAGAGAAAAAUAAAUCACCCAACUGAAAAGGGGAAAUGAGGAAGAGUCAGUAUGAAGUCUGAUUGUGCUGCUUGUCUCCUGCUGAGGGGUCCCUUGGAGCAGAUGCCCUGGGAAAGGGAACUGGUCUACCCAUCCACAUUGUAAUUUUCCUUUUCUGGCUCUUGAUUAUGGUCUAAAAUUUGAUUCAGUAAUGUGGUUUAUUUAAACAUAAGCUGACAAGGACACAUAGAAGAGUGUUUUCCUCAAGCGGGAGGCUCUUUUCGUGUUCAGCUGACACAAUGUGUGUGAGUCUGAAACUCCACAUCAGGUGCAUGGAAGUCAGGACUCCCUGUGUGAAGCGUAGUGUGUGAAAAUAUGUAAAAUCCUUUUGAGUUUGAGUUCUGUGUUAAGCAGCCUCUUAGUUAGUGGCGCUGAGUUCCACUGAGCUUUUUAGUUUUAUGGAGGGGGAAGCAUUGAGAAGUCCUUACUUUAAUGAAAGUAUUUUAAUCUUAUGUGAAUUGUCACCUCUAAGUUUUAAAAGAAAAAGUGUGAACAGGGGAGGAGGAGUAAAAGUAUCAACCUGCCAGGCAUCUUUCUGGUAUUUCAGAAGUUUUCCAAGAUUUUUUUUUCUGACAUGUUUUAUUACUUUUAAAAGAACAACAGUCAAGUGAACUCUUGGGUUAGAGUUUUUGUUUUAAGAUAUGUGUAAAUGGUCAGGGUUCUUAGUAACACAGUGCCUACCUGGCAACCUUGAGAUGGUGAGUUCGAUUCCCAGUACCAAAAACAAUACGAAACGAAACGAAACGAAACAAAACAAAACUAAAACCAAACCAAACUAAACCAAACCAAAACAAAGCAAAACAAAACAUGUUAAAGUAGUAAACUAAUUUUGCUCUAACCACAGAGGUAAUUACUCAUCCUUAGAGACCAUAAUGGAUGUUAAGGAUGUUGUUGAUAUGCUUAUUUUUCAAAAUAGGAAGUAUUAAGACUUCAAGAAAUGAAUUAGGGAGUGUUACAGUCUGUAAUUUUUUUUUUUUUUUUAGUUUGCUGUCUCUGUGAUCACAUUAGAGUGCUAAUUCAUAUAUUUUAUCUUUUGUAAUUCUGGGGAAAAAGAGAUUGCUAGUUUUGUAAAUUUUCUUCAGAACAAAUAUGUAUUUUAGUAGCUCCAUUGCAUUAGAACAGUUUAACUCAGUGACUUGUGAGGUCUGUCUUCUCUAGGCCUUUUGUGUUGAGAGCUUGGUAUCAAAUUGUGGGUCUAGAAAACAAAGCAAUCUUUGUAGCAGUCUUAAUGGCAGAAUGAUUUGAAGUUACCGUGAUGAUUCUGAAACACUUUUUAAAGUCUUUUUUACCCAAAGAAAAGAAUAGUAUAAGUUAUUAAUUAUAAUUCCAAACUCAAGUGUUGAUGUAGGAUUUAGCACUGAGAUUUUGUGCUUCUCUUUAACCUCUUACCUUCUUACUUGCUGGAAGGGGUUUGAUGUCUCUAUGGUUUCUCUAGUUUAACUGGUUAUUUUGUAUUUUUUCUGCUUCUUUGUAGUAACUGAAUCAUUUUGCCAUGAGGUACAGUCUGCAUACAUAGCUGGGAAAAACACACAUUGCCCUAGAUUGGUAAAUAAAAGCUAUUUAAAGAAAGUUAUUUCAGAAUUGUUUUUGCCUGCGUUUUAAGUCAAAGCCAGGCAUUUUACUUUCAGAGAGAAAUGCAUGAUUUAAGUUUACUUGAUAAUGUUUUAUAGUUGUUAUAUCCUUGUUGACAAUAUUCUAAUUGAUACGUAGCUUCUAUGUUACAUCAGGAUUUUUGGACAUAAUAGUAAAUGAAUGAUAUCUGUGAAAUAGGUCGUUUGAUGAAAUGUUUUUCUAUAAUUGUAUGUAGAUUGAAAUUUUUCUUAAACCACAUUUGCCUUUAUGCUAGAUUAUAGAAAAUCAUUACAAUGUAUGAGACAUUGUUUUAAAUGUUAAAAUUUUCUUAGUGUUUUGUGUUUACAUGUUGUCAGUUUGUAUAAACAUAAUUGUAAUACAUGUGACAAAUAGGUUGCUGUUUAUCUUGUAAAGAAAAAUUGUGAAUAAGCUUUCCUAUCAUUAAGCACCUUAUAACCAGAAUUCGAUAUAGUACACUACUUCUGUUUCAAACAGAUAAAUUCAUAUUAUAAUCUGUGUUGUCUACAAGAGGGAUAUUGUAAUCCCAUUCUUGAUAACUGUUUUAUUUUUGAGUAGUCUGUAUUUUAACAUGUGACUUCUCUGUUGAAAAGUAGUAAAGCCAUAGAUCUGUGCAAAGCAAAUUUCAAAUUUAUAAAAAUCAUAUGUGUACUUAAAAAUACUCAGAGCUGAGAGUGAUGGCACAUGCCUGUAAUCCCAGCACUCUGGGGAGGCUUAGGCAGGAGGACUGCAAAUUUGAGCCCAGCCUGGGCAACUUACUGAGAUGUCUCAGAAAGACUGGGGAUGUAACUCUGUGGAGGCCCAGUUCAGUGCUAAGUAGUAGAGAACUAGACCAAAACCCAACAACAAAGCCUGUCAGUUUAGAACUUAUUUGGAGAGGGAACACAUUGAUUUUAAUGAGCGGAUAUACAUGAGUACACACAAAUGAAUCAAUAAUGGUAACUGAGACAUUUUAUUCUAAUCAUUGCUUUUGUAUCCCAUGUGGGAUUUAAAUUCUUGACUACAUUUUUGAAAGAAAUCUUUAAAAAAAUACACCUUUCCCCCCUUAUUUAUAUGUUUUCUUUCACUACGUACCUAUAUUGCUUAAUUGUGUAACAUUCAUAGAUGUAGGAAAGGCCAACCAUUGUUUCUAAUUAAUAAAUGUGAAAUUGGAAUAGAUUGAAAAUUA